AUGGAUAAUUAUAAGCUUUUCGUCAGAGUUCUUGUGAGUCUCUCAUCUCUUCUUUCAUUUGUUUCUUGGGUGGCUAAUGCUGACACCAUCUCAUCAUCAUCUUGUACCCAAACACCAUACCCUCAGAUAUGUAAUUCUUUCAUUACCUCUAAUCCCUUAGCCACCUCAAAAGGUUUCCGUGAUGUAGCCCUCACAGUCACUAUGAACCAAGCUCAACUAGCCCAUAAUCACAUUUCAUCCAUUGACUUGAGCUCUUUCGACCAGCUAGCCAAGGCAGCAUGGGCUGAUUGUUUGGAGCUAUCCAACGACACGGUUAGCAAGCUUAAUCGUGUAUUGUUGUCAAACAGUUGGGAAGAUACUCAAACAUGGCUUAGUGCAGCUGUUGCCAAUCACCAAACAUGCCAAAAUGGGUUUAUGGAGCUCAACUCAGCUUCAUUUAUGUCUUCCUUACCUUCCAUAUUAUUGAGUGACUUCUCAAAGUUGCUUAGUAACUCUCUGGCUGUAAACAAGCAGCAGGCAGCUUCAACACUGUCUGGCGGUCGUAAACAACCAGGUGGUGGUGCCAGACGAUUGCUUUCUGAUGGGUUCCCUUCAUGGGUCACUGCUGCUGAUAGAAAGCUUCUUCAAUCAACAACAGCAACAGCAGCUUCACAAGCUGCUAAUAUAGUGGUGGCUGCUGAUGGGUCUGGUAAUUACAAGACCAUCUCUCAAGCCCUGUCUGCUUCAUCCAAGCUAAGGAGUGGGACUUCAAGAUUUGUAAUAUAUGUGAAGAAGGGUACUUACAAAGAGAACGUUGAGAUUACAAAGUCAAUGAAGAAUAUAAUGCUAAUUGGAGAUGGGAUUGGUGCUACCAUCGUUACUGGCGGUAAGAACGUCCAAGAUGGUUCCACAACUUUCAGAUCCGCCACCGUUGCUGCAGUCGGCGACGGCUUCAUCGCCAAGGCCAUGACCUUCCAAAACACGGCAGGACCUCAGAAGCAUCAAGCGGUCGCAUUCCGUUCGGGAUCAGACCAAUCAGUUUUCUACCAGUGUAGCUUCCAAGGAUACCAAGACACCUUAUAUGUUCACUCCCAACGCCAGUUCUACCGCAACUGCGACAUCUACGGCACCGUAGACUUCAUUUUUGGAGAUGCCGCAGUCGUGUUCCAGAACUGCAACAUCUAUGUGAGAAAACCCAUGAGCAACCAAAAGAACACUAUAACGGCUCAAGGGCGGUCUGACCCGAACGAGAACACCGGAAUAUCGAUCCAUAAUUGCAAAAUUACAGUAGCUUCCGACUUGAAAGCGGUACAGAGUUCAUAUAAGACUUACUUAGGGAGGCCAUGGAAGGAAUACUCAAGGACUGUUGUGAUGAAGACUUAUCUUGAUACCUUGAUCGAUCCUGCUGGGUGGCUCGAAUGGAGUGGGAAUUUCGCUCUAACCACUCUUUACUACGGAGAGUACGGGAAUACAGGUUCGGGCUCCAGCACAAGUGGUCGAGUGAAGUGGAAGGGCUAUCAUAUCAUGACCACCUCCGAUGCCCAGAAGUUCACUGUGCCGAACUUCUUGGGAGGUGGUUCUUGGAUUGGAGCCGCCGGAGUCCCAUACACUUCCGGGCUAUAAAUCUAUAACUUGUGUGACACGAACAAAACGUUAACCCUAGUUCGAUGGGCUCAUUCAUUCUAAAUUAUUUGAUUUAUAAUUUUUUUAUUUACAUGAACUUCUUGAAUAGAUUCAAGAGUCAUUUCUCAUGUUUCAUGCAAUUCUAAUCUACUUGUAUCGAAUUGUCAAAUGGUUUGUGUUCAAUUCUUUCUGUG